GGGCGGCGCGGGGCGGCGGCGGCGCAGGGAGGGCCGUCGAGGGCUGCGGACGCCGUGCAGGGCGCUGCCGCGGGCUGGGGCCGCGGUCCGGGCGGCGGGCGGAUCGCGCUGUCGGAGGGCGGAGCCUCAGGGCCUGCAAAGAUGCUGGCUGUCCCGGAGAUGGGCCUGCAGGGGCUGUACAUCGGCUCCAGCCCAGAGCGGUCCCCCAUUCCCAGCCCACCCGGCUCCCCAAGGACCCAGGAAAGCUGUGGCAUUGCCCCCCUCACACCCUCGCAGUCUCCAAAGCCUGAGGCCCGAGCCCCCCAGCAGGCCUCCUUCUCUGUGGUGGUGGCCAUCGACUUCGGGACCACUUCCAGUGGCUAUGCCUUCAGCUUCGCCAGCGACCCUGAGGCCAUCCACAUGAUGAGGAAGUGGGAGGGCGGGGACCCAGGCGUGGCGCACCAGAAGACCCCCACCUGCCUCCUGCUGACCCCGGAGGGCGCCUUUCACAGCUUUGGCUACACCGCCCGCGAUUACUACCACGACCUGGACCCCGAGGAGGCUCGGGACUGGCUCUACUUCGAGAAGUUCAAGAUGAAGAUCCACAGCGCCACGGAUCUCACCUUGAAGACCCAGCUGGAGGCCGUCAAUGGAAAGAAAAUGCCUGCCCUGCAGGUGUUCGCCCAUGCCCUGCGCUUCUUCAAGGAGCAUGCUCUCCAGGAGCUGCGGGAGCAGUGCCCAUCGCUGCCCGAGAAGGACACUGUGCGCUGGGUGUUGACGGUGCCCGCCAUCUGGAAACAGCCCGCCAAGCAGUUCAUGCGGGAGGCCGCCUACCUGGCGGGCCUGGUGUCCAGAGACACGGCAGAGCAGCUGCUCAUCGCGCUGGAGCCCGAGGCGGCCUCGGUGUACUGCCGCAAGCUGCGCCUGCACCAGCUCCUGGACCUGAGCUGCCGGGCCCCGGGCAGCGGGCGCCUGGGCGAGCGCCGCUCCAUCGACUCCAGCUUCCGACAAGCGCGCGAGCAGCUGCGAAGGUCCCGCCACAGCCGCACAUUCAUGGUGGAGUCGGGGGUCGGAGAGCUGUGGGCAGAAUUGCAAGCAGGAGACCGCUACGUGGUGGCAGACUGCGGCGGCGGCACGGUGGACCUGACGGUGCACCAGCUGGAGCAGCCCCAUGGCACCCUCAAGGAGCUCUACAAGGCGUCCGGUGGCCCCUACGGCGCGGUGGGCGUGGACCUGGCCUUCGAGCAGCUGCUGGGUCGUAUCUUCGGCGUGGACUUCAUUGCCACCUUCAAAAGGCAGCGGCCCGCAGCCUGGGUCGAUCUGACCAUCGCCUUCGAAGCCCGCAAACGCACGGCAGGCCCUCACCGCGCGGGGGCGCUCAACAUCUCCCUGCCCUUCUCCUUCAUCGACUUCUACCGCAAGCAGCGCGGCCACAACGUGGAGACGGCGCUGCGCAGGAGCAGCGUGAACUUCGUGAAGUGGUCCUCCCAAGGGAUGCUCAGGAUGACUUGUGAGGCCAUGAACGAGCUCUUCCAGCCCACCGUCAGAGGGAUCAUCCAACACAUAGAGGCGCUGCUGGCGCGGCCAGAGGUGCAGGGCGUGAAGCUGCUGUUCCUGGUGGGCGGUUUCGCCGAGUCGGCGGUGCUGCAGCACGCGGUGCAGGCGGCGCUGGGCCCCCGCGGGCUGCGCGUGGUGGUCCCGCACGACGUGGGCCUCACCAUCCUCAAGGGCGCCGUGCUGUUCGGCCAGGCGCCCGGCGUGGUGCGGGUGCGCCGCUCGCCGCUCACCUACGGCGUGGGCGUGCUCAACCGCUUCGUGGACGGGCGCCACCCGCCCGACAAGCUGCUGGUGCGCGACGGCCGCCGCUGGUGCACCGACGUGUUCGAGCGCUUCGUGGCGGCCGAGCAGUCGGUGGCGCUGGGCGAGGAGGUGCGACGCAGCUACUGCCCGGCGCGCCCCGGCCAGCGGCGCGUGCUCAUCAACCUGUACUGCUGCGCCGCCGAGGACGCGCGCUUCAUCACCGACCCCGGCGUGCGCAAGUGCGGCGCGCUCAACCUCGAGCUCGAACCCGCGGACGGCGGCCCGGACGCCGCCGGCGCGCCCCCCGGACGCCGCGAGAUCCGCGCCGCCAUGCAGUUUGGCGACACCGAAAUUAAGGUCACCGCCGUGGACGUCAGCACCAACCGCUCGGUGCGAGCCUCCAUUGACUUUCUUUCCAACUGAAGGCGCGCGGGGGGCGGGGGGGGCGGUGCCAGCCGGGCUCCGUCCGGCCCCGCCCACCUUCGGUUUGGAGCGCGGGAGGGCGUGCAAACAUCCCGGUUCUGGUAUCAGCGCUCCUUCCCCCGCCCUCCUGCCCGGGGAGAUGAGGUGGCAGGAGGGUGGGUGGGGAAACAUCCAGAGGCUCGGCCCAGACUGACUGUAAGGCUGAAGGACUCUGCCAAGGACUGGGGUCAAGGAGGCUUGAUGGGCACGCCCAUAGGGAACACGUGACUCCGAAGGCAGAAUGCUCCAGAUGACUGGGUCCCGGCCAGAACUGGGGGUGGGGGGUGGGUGCAGUUGGGAGGGAGAGGCCAGGCAAGACUCAUAGCGGAGGGGCAGCAGGAGGAAGGGGGUUGUCUGGGACCGAUUGGUGGGCACACAGGGAGGGGGCAGAGCAGCCCCGCACCACAGGAAAGUGACACAAGAGGGACAGGGGUGGCAGGGCCUUCCUGGGGUGGUGCUGACCACCCAUGUAUGACUGUUAAUUGUAGAAAGGGCAGUAGCAGGCUAAUGAGACGUGUACAGGGUGAAGGCACUUCUGAGGGAAUGUGGGUAGCAUGCUGGGGGCGGGCUUUCCUUCGGGACAGAUGAAGGCCCCCAGGGCAACCUGUGAAUGACCCACUUGAACCCUACCCCAGCCACAAAAUGGGGGAGGGACAUUAGGAGGUCAAAGGGGACACUAAGGACUGUCUCAGCUCUGCCAGACAACUCAAUGUGCCAGUAUGCCCGCCCAGACAUGGAACAGCCUUACCUGCCCAAGGUGACAAUAAAGCAUUUGCGCUGGUACCUCA